AUGGAGGCUGUGAAGCAUACCUUGCAAGUGCUUCCAUGGCUCCUGCUCUUUGCACAACUGGCUGCGGCCAGCACCUGCAACUGCACAAAUGCCACAGAUGGGGCGGACAACCAGGGUGCAUUGAAGCUGAAGAUGAUCGCCAUUGCAUCCAUCCUGGCAGCUGGAGCAGCUGGAGUGUUGGUUCCAGUGCUUGGCCGCUCCAUGGCUGCGCUACGCCCUGAUGGCGACAUCUUUUUCGCUGUCAAGGCAUUUGCAGCUGGCGUCAUCCUUUCCACAGGCAUGGUCCACAUCCUGCCAGCAGCGUUUGAUGGGCUGACGUCCCCAUGCCUCCAGAAAGGUGGCAGGGACAACAACAGUUUCCCCUUCGCAGGCCUCGUCGCGAUGUCUGCCGCAAUGGCCACAAUGGUGAUAGACUCACUGGCUGCUGGGUACUACCGCCGGUCUCACUUCAGCAAGGCACGGCCAAUUGACAACCUCCAGAUGCAUGAGCAACCUGGAGACGAGGAGAGGACUGAGCAUGCACAACAUGUGUAUGUGCACACCCAUGCAAAUGGUUAUGGGCAUUCACACGGAGAGGCGGAUGCCAUCAGUUCACCAGAGGAGGCUUCAACAGCUGACACAAUCCGGCACAGGGUGGUAUCUCAGGUCCUUGAGCUCGGAAUCUUGGUGCAUUCAGUGAUCAUUGGGGUGUCCUUAGGUGCAUCUGUGAGGCCAUCCACCAUCAGGCCUCUUGUUGGUGCCCUUAGCUUCCAUCAAUUCUUCGAAGGCAUAGGCUUGGGUGGUUGCAUUGUUCAGGCAAAUUUCAAGUUAAGGGCAACUGUCAUGAUGGCAGUGUUUUUCUCCCUGACCACUCCCGUGGGCAUUGCAUUAGGGAUUGCAAUUUCAUCUAGCUACAAUGUCCAUAGCUCUACUGCCUUCAUUGUUGAAGGGGUUUUCAACUCGGCCUCGGCAGGAAUUUUGAUAUAUAUGUCCCUCGUUGACCUUCUAGCCGCAGAUUUUAAUAAAUUGAAGCUACAGACGAACACAAAGCUUCAGCUGAUGACAUUUCUUGCACUUUUCGUAGGUGCAGGGCUGAUGUCCAUGCUUGCCAUAUGGGCAUAG